CCCCUACGCAAUGUGACGAACUCAUAAUAAACCAAUCGGGCCCGUUCUGGUCAGUGCCCGACUCAGCACGGCUUAAACCCGACCCAGCCGCUUCCGGUGGCCACCUCUAUCGGUGCGUUGAUCAAAUAAAUCACGGAUACUCCGUAUUAGACAAGAUCACAAGACUUUCAAUUGGGAAAUUGCAAAACCUUAAAAGAAUCGAAGACAUAAAAUGUUCAAGAUCGUGGCUUUCUCUCUCCUCAUCACACUUACAUUAGCACUUGCCGACGAACCCCAUUUUGGAUCAGCUCGUGUUGUUUUCCAGACAAAUUAUGGAGACGUCGAAUUUGGUUUCUUUCCUAGUGUCGCCCCCAAAACUGUUGAACAUAUUUUCAAACUUGUUCGAUUGGGAGGCUAUAAUACCAAUCAUUUCUUCCGGGUUGACAAGGGUUUUGUAGCUCAAGUUGCUGAUGUAAGAGGAGGCAGAACAGCUCCUAUGAACGCUGAGCAGAGGAAGGAAGCUGAAAAAACUGUUAUUGGUGAAUUUAGUAAGGUCAAACAUGUUAGGGGUAUCCUUUCUAUGGGGAGGUAUGAUGAUCCAAACAGUGCAUCAUCUUCCUUCUCAAUACUUCUCGGUGAUGCACCUCAUCUUGAUGAAAAAUAUGCAGUCUUUGGCAAGGUUAUCAAGGGCGAUGAGACACUGAGAAAGCUUGAGGAACUGCCUACACGAAAAGAGGGCAUAUUUGUAAUGCCUGUGGAGCGGAUCACAAUCCUGUCUUCUUACUACUAUGAGGUAAAUAGUGAAACAUGUGAAGAAGAGAGAUCAAUUCUAAGAAGACGCCUUGCUGCUUCAGCUGUUGAAAUUGAGAGAUGGAGAAUGAAAUGCUUCCCAUGAUUCUGUAGGGACGAUGAGAG